UCUUUCCCGUCUUUGCUGAUCUGGUAUAGACCAGAGCUCAGGAGUAUAAAUCUGUCUAUAAGAGAAGAAUAGUUAUAAUUCCGAAUAUUUACUUUUAUUCACGUUUAAUUGAAUCAUGCCUUAUUAUCAGACCUGGGAAGAGUUUGCUCGAGCAGCAGAAAAACUCUAUCUGACGGAUCCGAUGAAGGUCCGAGUUGUGUUGAAAUAUCGCCACUGUGACGGGAACCUCUGUAUGAAAGUCACAGAUAACGCUGUGUGUUUGCAGUACAAGACCGAUCAGGCACAGGACGUGAAGAAGAUCGAGAAGCUGCACGGAAAGCUGAUGAGGCUGAUGGUGUCCAAGGAGUCCCACAGUGGAGCCAUGGAGACAGACUGAGGGACAGUGUAGACUGUUGGACAUUGGUGCUGUGCCUGCUCCUCUCACACUCAUCUGGAGAACAUGAGCCUGAAGAUUCUGUAUUUGGAGGGCUGAGAAGUUUGGUAGACGAAAGUGAAAAUUAUGUCCCCCAUCACACAGGAAUCUCCCCUUGAAGAGCUGAUAUUUAUUCUCGGAUUCAGCAUGGACUUUUAUUUUAUGAUUAACCAGUAUUCUGGACAUAAUGGGCUAGGGGUUUUUUGUUUGGUUGGUUGUUGUUUUUUUUUUUUUUUUAAUAAUCACAAAAUUAGACCAGGUGGUUAAAUGCAUGUGAAAGCUAUGUGUGGUCUGAGCCCACAAUCUGUUCUGUAAUGAUAGAACAAUGAGCUAAAACAAUGCCUUAUUAAUUCUUUUAUUAACCCCCCCAAGCAUCUUAAAAUUAUCUUCUUUAGAAGGGAUAGCUUUUGUUUAAGUUUAGCAUGAAUAAACAAAUUUGAACAA